AUGAUGGCAAGAAGAAGGGGCUCAGGGUCCUCUAUCGGCAUUGUCCGCAUCAUUCUUAUGAUGAGCCUGCUGGCGGGAUCUCAUGCGGCGCUGCAAGAUUUGUGUUACCGUCUGCGAUGGCGAUUGGCUGACCCCAUUCCUCGCGAGCGCAUGAUCCGUCCCGUAACCGGGUUCCCGCCGGAGCACGCGCUUGUUCAGAAUGAGCGCUGCGGGCAUCAGUAUGCGGCUGGGGACCCGAUUCCAGUGUCUGCCCUCUACUCCACCUCAAAUGGCAACUCGGGCUGUCAGGAGGUCACGGGUGGCAGUCUCUUCUACGCCUAUAAUUGGCCCAACGGUGCUUCCGCCAACACGGGGUUUGAGGAACCAGAAAAGGCUCUGUUCUACUUUGUGCAGCGCGAGGACAGCAACGUCAGCUUCGUCCUUGUCCACGAUACACCUGGGAACGCUGAUGGUGGCGGUGUGACCUUGGAGCUACUUGCACCAGAUCUCGCUGGCCGGGAGCUGGACUGGGAGGUGCGGGACGACUACAACGAGGUCUAUGAGUAUGAUAGUACCACCGGUUUAGGCCGGAUUGUGCAGAAUUGGGCCGUGUGUUGUACAGACGGUGCUGCUCUUGGGCCAUUGCCUCCGUAUGGCUACCGGAUCACCUUUCGCUACAGCCGUAUCCUGGGCUUGAAUGGCGUCCGCGUGGGCAACUAUAACGCUUCCACGAAUUCCCUUUCCAUGAUCGAACUCGAUCUAGAUGACUUGGCCGAUGGCAUCGAGCUGACAACGUUCACGUGCGAUCAAAUCUGUGAAGACAAGAAAUCAUGCGGGGAAUGCGCAUCAGAUGAUCUUUGUGCGUGGUGCGGCGACGAGUGCAUCUAUGAGGACACGCUCAAGUUCUAUGAUAGCUGCGUCAGCGGAUCUUAUGCAGAUCCCACCAACGAGCUGUUCUGUACUUCUGGUGACCACGGCUGGCGCUUCAUUGGCGACGGUGAAACAGAUCAAUGCGAUUAUCCACCUGGGGCAAUUAACGACGCUGGGCGCUUUACCAAUCCUCGUAUUACCGAGGUCGAGGCUUUCUGCACAGGGCGCGGCGAGCCAGACUUUGAGGUCGACGCAUGCAACUGUUACGAAGGCUAUUAUGGCAUCGACUGUCGAAACGAGUGUCCCGGUGGCGCCGCCAACCCGUGCAGCGGCCAUGGGGUUUGUCACGCCGAUGGACAUUGCGUCUGCGAGUGUGGAUAUGGCGGCACGGACUGCGCCAUGAACUUGGGGAGUUGCUCAAGCUGCGAGCUGAGCAAUGGAGAUGCAUGCGGUAUCCUCUUGACGGACAGCAAUUUCAGCGGUUAUUGUUCAGGCGGCGAGAUUCGCGGUCCAAGUUGUGCAUGUUUGGAAGGGUUCCAUGGCGAAGCAUGCAACGAAACUUGCCCUGGCAUGAGCGCCAACGGCACUGGAACAUCCUGCGGUGGUCACGGAACGUGUGACGCCAACACGGGUGUGUGCGUAUGUGAUCCUUGCUACACGGCUAACCCGGUGACUGGCUUAUGCGAGCCAAAGGCCUGCCCAGUCUGCGAGAACGAUGGCUUGUGUGUGUGCGAUCGCAAUACUGGCGAGCAGUAUUGCUCGUGCCGCGGCGCGUUUGAGGGCCCGACGUGCAAUGUUUGCAGUUGCUACAACGGCGGAAGCUGUAACGCAAUUUCCGGCGAAUGCAUUUGUGUAGAGCCCUAUCGUAGUGAAAAUUGCGAGCUGGACUGUACCAACGCAGCCGAGGGAGAGUUGAUUGGUUGUGUCGAGAUUGAUCUAUGUAUGACCAACCAGAGCUUCUGCGGUGCCAACACCACCUGCACGUUUAUCGGAUACGUGGCUGCUGAUGGCCAAAACGUGACGCUGGGCGGUGAUUGUCGACCUGUGGACGUGUGUGCAGAGGAGGGUGAGGCCGCCUGCGGGAGCUUCUCAGACUGCACGACAACGGGAGCGGGCACGUACACGUGUGCGUGCCAAGCGGGCUAUUGGAGCGAUCAGGCCCAACACAAUUGCAGCGCCUUUGCCGUGUGUGGCGAGGACGAGCUAGAGGCGCAGGCGCCAACAGCUACUAGCAACCGCGUAUGCGAGCGCGUGGCAGCGACCACGACCACGGUGGCCUCAACAACGACUACGACAAGCGAAACAGCCGAUGGGAGCGUGGGCGCAUCGAGUUCCAAGUCAUCAGCGGUCUGUAUCUGA